CUGCGCCGUUUGACCAUGGAUAGACGUGGCAAGAUGGCGGACGACCAACAAAGUCGCGAAGCCGAGAGUUCCCCUCACAAUUUGACCAUCACAGACGACCAAAAUGCCUCGAUAAACAUCAGCAAUGGUGCAUUGGGGAAUGAAGCCGAUAGCCAGCCUUACAAAUAUGGUUUUAGUUUGCAGCAGUACUAUAAAUACUGCCUGAAAUAUUAUCAUAGAGAAAAGAAAAUAAUCAAGAUGACUUAUGACGAGAAAUUACAAUUAACUGCAUUCUGGAAGCAGGCUUCUUGUGGAAAAUAUGACAGCACCAAGUUCCCUGAAGUUGGAUAUUUUGAUGUUAUUGGAAAUGACAGAAAGAGAGCAUGGGAGGCUCUUGGAGAUAUGAGUGAAACUGAAGCCAUGGAAAAUUUCUGCAUCUUGCUGGAAGAAUGCUCUCCAGAACUCAAACCAUGGAUGGAGGCACAGCAAAAAGAGAUGGAAGAGAAACUUAGAUUAAAGAAAGAGGAAGAAGAAAGGAUACAACGGGAAGCUGAAGAGGCAGCUGAGAGGGAAAGACUGAGGAUUCAGGCUGAAGAGGAGGCCAGAAGGAAAGCUGAAGAAGAAGAAAGGAUAAGAAUUGAGGAAAUCAAAAGACAGCAAGAAAAAAUGCUACAGCAACAACAACAAUACCCAGUAGCGGCUACACAACAAGUGGAUGGGCUUCAGCAGUCGCCGCCACCACCACAACAAACUGAGCAGAAUAAAGUCACUACCCCUUUAGUAAAUGGCACACAACGCAUCGCCCCUGCUUCCCUAUGGACACGCCCUAAAGUCAUGGAGUUCAUACAGCAUGUGAAGUCAGACCCUAGCUCUGUGCUAGUGGUUGGUCGAGGGGAAACGAUGACUGUCAGAGUGCCUACUCAUGAUAGUGGGACCUGCCUUUUCUGGGAAUUUGCCACAGAGCUCUAUGACCUUGGCUUUGGUGUAAGCUUUGAGUGGUCACAACCAAAUUCCAAGAAUAUCACAGUUGCUGUCAAUGAAUCAGAUGAAGAUGAGUUUACAGAAGACAGUGAGAAAUCUGCUGAAGCUGAAGCAGCUACUGUUGGAGCUGCCAAGCCUAGAGUAGAUGAGAUCUUGCCGGUUGUGCGGAGACCCUGUCAUGAAGAGGUCAUCGUUGGCAGUCACAUGUACCCUGGACGAGGAGUUUAUUUGUUAAAGUUUGAUAAUUCAUACUCAUUAUUUAGAUCAAAGACUUUAUUUUACAGAGUCUAUUAUACUCGAUAACUUCAAUUUAUUGGAAACUUGAGUCUCCUCUUUUAAUAUAGAGCUUUCUUACAAAAUCACUUGAAAGCACCCCAUAGCCUCUCUUGAUAUUGAUUCUUGGAAUGAAAGAUAGUUUGUGAAGGGAAGCUUUCUAAAAAGAAAGACAUGUAUUGUAUGUGGCAGUUGCCCUUGGGCAAUGGUGGUGGCAAGGUACUCAAAUUAUAUUUAUAAGAAAUGGAGGAUAGUGGAGGUUGCAGUUAUUAUUGAUGCAUAUUUUGUAAGAAGAACAGGGUGCAAUCCCAUCAAGAGUGUUCACACUGUCUUUCGAAUUAUAACAUGACUGAGAAAUACCCUAUGUUCAAUGCAGGAGGAACAAUACUAAUGCAUAUCACGAAAUCGUUGUUGACUAUAUUGUCCAGUAGAUAUCAAAGGAUUUUAAUUAAAUAAACAGAUAAUUAGUGUAAAACUAAAAUAAAAAGUACAAAUUUGGA